GAAUUUGUUUAUUUUUCUUUUGAAGUUCUCGCACUUGUCAAGUCUGCUCAACAACAGCAUGGUCUCCGUCAUGGUGAUUACCAACGCUAUCAUCAGUACAUCACAAGAAAGCUACGGCGCAUGCGUAAAUCCUUACAUUUUCAGCAAGGUAAUCGAUCCAAAGUAAUUCCAAAGAAGCUGACCCCGGAUUUGGUCACUGAUCCCCGGUUUAUCACACUCAAACUAUUCGAAAUUGAACGGUCUUGGGCCUACGCGAUGCAACUGAAAACGGAAUCUAACAGCGAGUUGAGAAAGCGGUUCCAGAUGAUCUCACGUCUUCGUCGGGCUGUGGUGCGCGGGAAUCAGCUUUCGGAAUUAAUGAACGAGUUACCUAUGUUGGAUGCGCAAACCAAAUUGGAACUUCGAGCGUACAUUCAGUGGAUUCACGGCAUACUUGCGUUUGAGUUACAGGAUUGGAUCAAAGCCAAAGAAUAUUUGGAAUCUACCCAGGCUAUUUAUACCGGUUUGUUACAAACUAUCGAAGAGGACAACCGAGCCAUCUACACGGCCCGAAUGGAUGAUAUUUUACCGCAAAUUCACUACUGUGCGUACAAUAUCGGGGAUAAAUCGGCCGCGUCUGAUUUGCAACGAAUGCGUGCGCAGACCACAGCAGAAUCCGGUGGAUUUGCCGAAUUACAAUUGGAUCAGUUGUUAAGUCAAGCUCGAGCCACUCAGGCCGGUCAGGUGACUGAGGCCCAAUGGCUCGGUCGGACUAUUCCGGUCAAGUUGGAGAAAGCCAAAAUGGCCAUAUUAAUGGUCAAGGAGGCAGAACAAGACCUGAAAAACGCCCAAGGUCAUACGGAGCAAUUGUCCAUCUACGAGUCUGUGCUCAAAUCGUGUGUAGAUGCGAUUAGCGCUGUCCGCGAUGAAUUACGUGCCGUGUCCACGGUGGACAGUAGUGUGACCGGGACCGGGGACAAGAAAAUCGCAUCGACCAUUUCAUCAGACAAGGUCUCCCGGCUACAAAUGCUUCACAACUAUUUGCAAUAUCUCAAAUUGUACAACACCAUUGAACGCACCCUGGUGCACAUCGAUAUGGCUCUUUCGACGGCCAGUCAACAAACCACCGGUCAAAUACGUGACGGUCUGGGCACCAGUGCGUACGCAAAACCCCAGGAAUUGGCUCGUCUAUACGAUACGUUGGUGCAAAAUUUCCAAGAAAUGAUUAGUCUGCCUGGUACAAUACAAGACCACGCCGGACUACGGACGUUGUUACAAGCCAAACUGCUGGCCUAUCGAAGUUACCGGUAA